AUGAAUAAAUAUCCCAAAAGUGCUCGCCCAAUGAAAUUCAAUGUGCGUGCUGCCAAUAAUAUUCUCUUCCAACAAAAUCGAAAAGGGCCUAAAAUCGUUUCUCCUCGAUGUUCUCACAAACCAAACGAAUCUCAAAUGUCGAACAAAGCAAUAAGAGACCUUCUCCUCAACGACAAUUUAGAUGAAAUUGAAAAAUAUGCAACUCAUGCCCUUAUGGGAGAGAAAUUACCUGAUUUAUCACCAUAUGAAUUAUCGUUAGUAGCAAAAGACUUAGAAAACAGAAGAGCAUACUUUAUAGAUAAAGGAUACUAUAACAAAUCACUACAAGCUAAAGCUGCACUUGAUCAUGUAAAAGAAUUGCAACUAAUUGCUACGAAAAUUGAAGCUCAAAAGCAGGAACAAACAGAAAUCUUUCUUAUAAAAGGAUAUUCUAAAACAGAUUAUACAAUUUUCAAUCACAAAAUGACUGCAGAAGAAGAUAAAUUAAAUUUAAAGUACGAAAACAAGCUUUUAUCCAUUGAAGAAAGGCAAGAAAAAGAAAAGAAAGAUUUAGAAGAAGAAUGGCAUUCAAAAGCUAAACUCAGAAUGUAUUCACAUCCUUCAACAAAAUUAAUUGAAUUAAAACAUGUACAGAAAAGAUUAUUAGAUGCGAACGAAUUGGAUAAAGCCGCAGCAUUAAAACAAGAGAUAGAUGAAUUAGAACUUAAAGAACGCCAAGAAGGAGCAAGAAAUUGGACUAAUGAUUAUAAUCGUGCUGUAGAAAUGCUUGCUGCUAAACAUGCUGCAGAAAGGGACUUUUAUGAUUAUGAUAAAGACUUAAAACAGCAAGUAUUUAAGGCUAAAGUUGAUAUCGGAUCAAUUGCUUUCGAUAAUAGAAAUAGAGCCUUGAAAAUUCGAGAAACUGUUGCAAAUGAUAUGGAUAAGUACUGGAGAACUCAUAGCAGAUCCAUUUAUGAAGUUGCUCCACCGCCUCCAUCAACAACAAGAUCUAGAAAUUCAAAUUAUUUGAAUCUUAAUUUUCCAAAUUAA